GUAGUGGUGGUUUUUGUGGCGUGGUGACGUGAGGUCGUGGGAGAGGCGGCGUGGCGCGGCGUGGCUCGGCUCUCGCCCUCCUCCCUCUGUUCCUGUCCCAUGGAUUCACCCGACGAAGGGGAAGUGGCCGUGACUUCGCAGCCGUCGAACGAGUCGGAGCUGCAGCUGUACCGCGUGUUGCAGCGAGCCAACCUCCUGAACUACUACGACACGUUCAUCAGUCAAGGUAGAGUGAAAGGAGGCGACGACGUGCAGCAGCUGUGUGAGGCUGGCGAGGAGGAGUUCCUUGAGAUCAUGGCGCUGGUGGGAAUGGCCUCCAAACCCCUCCACGUGCGAAGGCUACAGAAGGCGCUGCAGGAAUGGGUCUCCAAUCCUGUCCCCCCCGCGCGCGUGGACCAGGCUACAGCCAUGUUCCAGAUCCCGCUGCUGCCCAACCUCCCGCCCUCAGUCGUGGCGGGGUUUCCCUCCCUCAGCGGGCGGGGGCUCAUGGGCACGCCCACGCCCACGCCUACGCCCACGCGCCCCUCGCCGCCCAUGAUCACCGCCAGCAUCCACCCAAACCACAACUCUAGUCCAGGCAUCACCAAGGACACGAUGCCCAACAUGAACAGCAACAGCGUGGGCGGCGUUCGGGACGUGGUGGGCGUUAUCCCCUCCACCCACUCCAUGCCCCUGACCACCGCCUCCACCACCCCCGCCAUGCCCGCCUCCACCAUUGCCGGCUGCACCUCAAACGCCCGCGACGGACCGCUUGGGCUCGGGGCCGCGGGCAUGGGGGGUCCGAUGCCCAUGGGUGGCGCGCCCCUGGGAGGCAUGGGUACGGGCACUGGGGGAGGCAUUGGGGGUUCCAGAGGCCCCUCCCCCCACCACACCUCCCCCACCCACCCCGGCAUCCUCCCCCCUACAUCAGUCGGCUUACAGAACUGCCACGGUACAAUGUCGGCAGAGAAGAAUGCUGAGUUUUUUCUUCCCCUUAUGAAGAGCACGGGUGUUGAGCACCACCUCCAGUACCCCCCUCCCCCCGGCUCCCCACUGCAGCUAACGCCUGUGCUGCUCAUGUCACAAGUGGAAAGGCUGGCGGACACGGCCUACGAUCUGGUGCGCAAUCUACCCCCGUUCGAGCCCAAGCCACAACAACAACUAAACAACAACAACAAGCGCAAGAUGUCCAAAGAGCUCGAGUACAUAAUGAACAUGAGUGAGGAUGACCCGCGCAGGAUGGAGGAGAUACGCAAGUACGCCGCCAUCUACGGACGCUUCGACUGCAAGAGGAAACCGGAGAAGCCUCUGACUCUGCACGAGGUGUCCGUGAACGAGGCUGCGGCACAGAUUUGCAAGUACAUGCCAGCCCUUCUGACGCGCCGGGAUGAGUUGUUCCCACUCGCCCGCCAGGUCGUGCGAGACUCCGGCUACCAGUACUCCAAGGGACACUCGAGGUCGCAGACGGUCGUGGGAGGACGCGAGGACGAACCCAAGAACAAACGAUCGCGCUCCGACUCCGGCCACGACGCGGGGGACCUCAAGAACGACCUGCAGUGGAAGAAGAGACAGGUGAGGAGGGAGCGUCUGGAGGCCAUCAGUGAAGAGCUACGACACAUGAGCGAGCGGGCGGAGGAGGUGCGGACGAGCCUCUCCUCGGGAAACGGCGACGUCACGGCACUCACCUCACAGAUGGACGCCUUGCAGACCCGCCACUCGCAGCUUACCCUCGAGCAGAACGAACUCCUCAAGGCACAGCGCAAGGCGAAGAGUGACCGCGUAUCCGUCUGCAGUGAGGACCGAGAGAGAGGCGAGGACUCCGACUCCCAGUUUUCCUACAGCGGCGCCAGUUCUCCCUCGCAGUCGUACCUACAGCAGCUGGUGCAGGACACUCUAGUCGACGAAGGGCUGCGUGUGGUCAAGGAGUCCCUAAACCAACAGAAAGACCCUGUGUCUGGCGUCCGUAACCAAGACUCCUCUUCCUACCCGCGCGCCCCUCAGCCGCAGGGGGCGCAACAGGACGGGGUCACGGCCAACAAGCACAACUCAGCCCCCCCCACCGGCACUGUCCCCACCUCCACCGCGGCUCAAGGCAGGCUCGUCUCCCCCCCUACCACCUACUCGGAAAUGUUCUCCUACCCCGAGAAUAAGGUGAGGAAGGUGCUUUCCUCCAGCCAAGGCAACAUCAUCGCCGUGGCCAACCCGGCGCUGUCCAUGUCCGCGGCGAUGGCCAACUCGCAGAUGAGCGACGAGGAGCGCCACAUCUCGGCGCUCUACACCCUCAGCCAGACGGUGGGCGCGGCCGCGGCAGCACGCAACAACAGCAACUCCAUCAAGCAGGAACCCAACUCACCCGGGGCCACCAAGCCGGAGUAGCCGCCCCCGCCCUCGCCCUCACCUCCCCCCGGCGAGAGGAGAGGGACUCUUGUCCUCCCGCCACCCCAGCCUGUCCUCCUUUCUCCUCCCAGCCUCGGGGCCCUAGCUGACCCCGCUGCAACCACCACCAUCACCAUACAACCUCCGCCGCCGCCGCCACACCCUCCGCCGGGCCCGUACAAGCGCCCAGCUGUCUAUCCUCCAACCCCGCCCCGCCAGCCCCGCCCCGCCAGCCCUCAGCACCGCAACUCAGACGCCCCCCAGCAUGGUGGCGCCCCGAGCACCACAGUUCCUCCCCAGCCAACACAACACACCAGCAGCAGCAGCAGCGUCCAGGUCUCCAGCGCAGCCGGUGACUUCCUGCACAACUGCCGGAGACCCGCUGUUCCCCGGAGACUUCCAUGAACGUGUUGAACCCAUCGCCACCCCUGGCCCGCCGCCCCCAGGCCCGGCGCGCUGCGGGGCCGUGUCUGUCGUCUGGCCGCCUCAGCACCGCUGCCUCUGACGCACCCGAACUCUCCUCAUAUAUAGUAUUUAUAGCUAAGGUUUUUAUCCUCAGUCCAGUAGUGGUGAUGUGUCAGCGGCGAGACGUGUCGUGAAGAGAUGCACAGACUGUAAUAGACAGGAGUGUUGCAUGGACUGUGUUCUUGUGUUGUGAGAAUAGUGUUGGUGCGUGCCGGCCACAGCAUAAGUCACAUAUUGAUUUGACAUUUGUAAGCAACAGAUAAAGUCAGAGGACAAUACAUAUAAAUAUGCACGUGACUGUAAUUAUUAAGUAACAUGCAAUGAUGAUGAUGAUGGUGACAGUCCUGCUUCAUGCCAUACAGAAUGUUAGUAGAUGGAUCGAUGCAUUAUGUUUAGAGGACAAAAAUGUGAGGGUUCGAAGUUCAGCCGAGAAAUGUGUUUUCGCAGAAGUUAUGUCCUUAUGCGGAGUUUGAGGGAAACUCCUUCCAUGAGACUUUUGCCAAAGAAUAGUCGAGAUUUAAGUAAACUGGGACUGCUGCUUGGAGCGUCGUGGCGCGUCGUCGUCGUGGGCGUCGUCGUCGUCGUCGUUGGUGUAGAAGAAAGUAAUUUCUGGUUCCUUAACAGUACAAUGUGAACACUUUAUUUUCUCGCUCCCCUGCAAACAAACAAACGUAAGAGAUAGUUACUCACACCAGUCAAGCUGUCAAGCCUCGGCCCAUUAUGUACUCCUCCUGAAGCCCAACAACCAACCCUCAGCGUGGCAGCCCUGCGCGGCGCGGCACCGGAGGACGCAGACAGACGCCUCAACACAACAAAUUACUCGAAGCCUCUUUUGUUAGUACAAGUAUGAAGCCGUCAAGCACCUUCACCCCAUUACUGUGCUGUCGCCUCGCCUGUGUAUCCCCCGCAGUCCCCAGGCAGCCCCCAUACAGGCAGGCAGCCCCGUCUCAUACCCUGCUGGGGUGGGAGGGGGGGGGGAGCAACAAAGAGGAGGCGCAGUGAAGAGAUCAGCAACAACGCUGGUUUGCAUAUUGAUCUCAAGUCUGCUCGUGACCUUUAUGUAUCAUGGAAAGAUGGGAUCACAAACACCCCUUCACAGCAUCCUGGACACUGAUCAUAACAAAUGUCACUCUCAUUCGUACCCCCGAGCUCAGGGCUGCACAAAAAUGUUACCUUCCACAGAGUAAACAAACAGUGACUUGAUCAUCCCUAAGCCAUAUUCACGCCUGGCGACAGUGACUUGUCUUUGGUUCCUUUUGCUGCUUCUUCGAGGUGGAACGAACGAAAACAAGUCAGAAACCCAAUCACUGAGACACUCCCCGGAAUGUACGUAGGUGGAGAUCCGGGAAGCUGAGGUGAAUGUGGUUUAAACAAAAAUCUGACCUGUGGCCGUGGUUUAGUUAUAUCUGUCCAUUAUUUGAAACCUCAGCAGGUGGGAUCGGUAGUUCCUUAUCGUUAGUCGUGGCACCCGGUCAGACCCCGACACUGUGACGCGUGGCGGGGUGAAUAGCGGGGCGGGGCGGGGCGGGGCGGCAGGGCUGCUCCAACCAUGUGCUGCGACUCCAUCCUCGUGUUGAUGAUCCCCCUCAGUCCCUGGCAGUCAUCGUUAUCAUCAGUCACCGGAAUAACCACACGCAAGCAAGCACUGGGACAGGUGUCCAUGAGCCUACGCAGCUGGUGUGGCACUGAGGGGUGCGAGGUGCCAUCCCUGGAGUGGCUGGCCCUGCAAUGCCUGCCGCCCUCACCAGGCCCUCCACGCCUCCUCAGCCGCUCACGCCAGGCGGCCUUCGUGCCCCACCCCAGGUUUCAUCAUCAUCAAGGGAGGCAGGCAGACUCUUCGUGUCCCCAGCCAGCCUCACUGUCUCAGCAUCCGGGGCGUCCUAAUCGUUGCGUGGGAGUUGACUGUGAUAAGUGAGCUACGCUGCCAGACACACGGGCGGCGGGUGUGCUGUCCGCUGCUUGGCUCACCCCUCCAACGCGAGGCUCCUCCAGAGUGUGGCUCAUCAUGCACACCGUCACACUUACAUUUUGUUUAUAUUCAGAUUAAUGACUUAAGUAAGGUUUUGUGUAGGGAAUAUCAGGAAUUAUUUCUUAAAGAUGGUGAUCGAAGUGUGCCAUGAUGUGACAGCCGAGGCGAGACCUGCCGCCUUGAGGCCUCGAGCGUUGGAGCGCUGAGUCGAGCGAGACUGACAAAACUUGCUUUGCAUUUGUGAACUUUAGGCGACGAGAUAAUGAUUCCUGUAGUAAGUGUAGAUAUUACCUUAGACUGAUGUACUGUAGUUCACGUGGCUUCCUUAGCGGAGCCUAGUCGGUGUACCUGUCUACAAAUUAUGUCAAGUGGAGAGCGGGAGUGGCUCUGUUUCCUAUGCUGCUGAGACUACAAUAUGAAAGACACCUGUACUGUACCACAUGUACCACCUGUAAUAUACACCCCCGGCGGCGGCCCCGGCCCCGGUCCGCCCCUCGCGGCGGACCGGCAAGCCUCCGGGCCGCCGCCGCCACAGCCGCAGGGCCGCCACCCACAGGCGGACCGUCAAAUACUGAUUUUCGAUAGUCCAGACGUGUCACAACAGCUGCGCGCCACGAGUGUCUGGUGCAAAUGUUUCUUUGUCUCUCUUUGGUUAGUUUCUAGUCCUUCCUCACACUCAGUACAAUGUUAUCAUGUUUUGUAUCGCAAUGAGGAGAGUUUAGUGGCAAGACGAACAUGCUCAUCACUGAAUCAUAAGAUCGAGGUUGACAGUCAGUACGUCCUGCCACGCAUCACCUGCCCGUCACUGCUCGCGGCACCUUGCGGGGGGCGGCGCCCCAGCAUUCCUGAGCACCGCCACCAGCCAGGGCCGCCGCUGCUCGUCCCAGGAGGUGGAUUGUCGGUCUGUGUCCCGCGCCGCAGAGGGACUGCCGGGAGACGACGGUGAAAAUAUCGAAAAACAUUUUUGACGCCAAGUUUUACGCCCCGAGGCCUCUGUAGACCACCUGGCUGCUGAUCUCUGAUAAAAUGCAGGUUAAAGCUGGCUCGAGUCCCCCUGAGGUAAUGAGGUCACCGGAUUUAAAAGAUUUGUCAUGUUAAGAGCACUUGUUCGAUUCUUUAGUUCGGCGGUGUAAGCAUUUUUCCGCCGCGCCGCCAGUUCCCGGGGGAGGCAACAGGAGUUAAUCAAAGCAUAACUCGGGCUCGGAAUCGUUCCAAACAUCAUCACCUGCAGCUUUUUUGUUUGCAUGUAGCGGCCUCUACGCGUUAUUCAAGACCCGGGACACAAUGGUUUCCCCUGCACAUCGCUGAGGCCAGAGAUGGGUGCAGGCUCCCCAUACUGCCGUGAAUGAGCGACUUACACGUAUUAGUUGAGUACAUCGUAAGCGUGUGUAAUACCAACGGUUCCAGCGCACAACGGUAACACUAACGGUAACAGCAACAGAAAUACAAGCAGUACACGCACGUAAAGUAAUGAACUAUCAGACGAUCCUUAUUUUUAUUUCACUCACUCAGAAAACGAAGCUGUUGCCUAAACGCCUUUGAAAGACAUAUGUAUUUUUUCGUACUUGUAAUAUACUCCCACCUUUAAGUACAAUACAUAAACAACACAUGCUUUCCUUUAAUAUAGUAACACCACGCGUAGAGGUUAUCGCUUGAGGAAAGUAUAUAUAAAAAAGUAAUAACGUUAAAAUUUCCUACCUGUAAACUUCCUGCUGUGGACGCGUGCCGUUGGGAGUCACGUGACGUAGAUCAGUCUUCGGGUAGCUAAGUGAUGGGUGGGUGUGAUGGAUUACGUUCCCUGGAUAUACGGUCAUGGGCGGCGGCGGUAGACACUCAAGGUAUGUGAAGUGAUAAAGAAUUUUGGUUGCCUUUGUGGGAGUAGAAAAUGUUUAACCUAGACUUUGAAACGAAAUAGCCCCCAACCGUUUUGCAAGAUCUCCGUCAAAGCGUCCAUGAUUUAUUCCUAUUUCUUAUUCCUCCGUCCCUUAGCUUUCAAAGGGAAUCUGAGUACGAAAAAGGAUCGGUAAUUCAAGGAGGAUCUGAGUUUGUAAAAGGAUCAGCAGCGGGGAAAAAAGGAUCAGGCAAGGGGGAUAUGAGUUUAUUAAAGGAUCAGCAGCGGGGAAAAAAGGAUCAGUCAAGGGGGAUAUGAGUUUAUUAAAGGAUCAGCAGCGGGGAAAAAAGGAUCAGGCAAGGGGGAUAUGAGUUUGAAAAAGGAUCAGCAAGUCGGUAAUAUACUCUGGGCGAGGCUUGGCAAGACGCGGGACGAGCUAUCAAGGGCAGAGAAAAGUUACUGACCAUCGUUUUCGAAUGCUCGUUUACUUGUCAUUUAUCAACUCGUACUGACCAUGGUUUUUGAGUGCUCGUUUACUUGUCAUUUAUCAACUCGUACGUUUGGCCAACGUUAGCAAAGACAGGCUAUAGUCAUACUGAAGGGUGAUAGUGACAUUCAAGUUAUAUAUUUACAAGCAGAAACAAGUACUGACACGAUUGAAAUACGACUCAUAACUGCCGAAGGACUACAAGCUAUUACAUUGAGUUGCCAGUGGUCGUCGAAUCAUUCUGAAAAGCGUAUCGUUCUGUACCUAAGGAAUAUAAGAAGUUUUGAUAUUGUGGAAAGGUUACUUUAAAUGUUGUUGAUUAUAGAUAUCAAGUGGUAACAACACCUGGUCAACCGAUAACUGCAAAGCGGUGUAUAGCUAACUAGGCUGUCACGAGUUAACUCAAUGCCAUCUUGCGUUUUUGUAUGUGCUGAUAAUUCGUUACUGUUUUCUGCUAUUUUCUGACCAGUUCAUCUUGCCAUUAACUCCCUCUGCGUGCCCUCCUCACAUUAUACAAAAAGGUGUUUCUUCACUGUAAAGAGUAACCAGCCUGUUUCAUCCAUUCGUUUUCCGUCACCCAGUUCACUCAAACAUCGGAAUUCAGCAAGGCCCGGUCACUGUACAGAUACGAUGAACAGGAAUACUAUCUACAGUGCGAAAGUUCCAUGAUAGGAUGAUGUACAUUAAUGUGAAUAAACCCCCCAUCUCUCCCCCUCCCCCUCCCUUUACCUUCCCACAGCCCCUCCAUCUCCCCCGCCCCUCCACCCAAGAAUCCUUUUCCUCUGUUCUCAGUGUGUCGCCUUAGACAGGCCAACUUUUGACUUAAGUACCUAACUGUUUGUACAUAAUGACUCACGCUGCCCCUGCCCCCAACCCCACCUCCCCCAUGACAAGAGUGUGGCUACAGGUGACGCGUGUACGUAACCUUAGUGGCUGGAGACAUACAAACAUACAUGCACACAUACAGAGGGGCUGCUCGCAACAAACCCCUGUAGGCUCAGUGUGGAGUGUUGUAUGGCAGCCCCCCGCGACCAUUCUCAACACAUUAUUGUAAAUACUACUUGCCUCUUCUCACUACCAAGCAACACUAGAGGAUAUCGUUGUUGUUACAAAUUUCCUGUUGCAGUCUGCAAAGCUAAAUGUCGACUUUAAACCUUCUGUAUAUUUUUAUUUUUGGGGAUAUUUCAUGGAUUUUCAGCGGCGAAUCUCGAAGCAACAUCACUCAUUGUACAUACAUUUUACCUGGAUGACGAUGUUUCAUUAAUACCAGGUUAGAAUCGCAGCCUCGGAGCGGUAUUUUAACCUGAAAUCUGAAAGGUCACGUCCCCUUUGCCAUGCGUAUAGUGUUAAGUCAGCCCUCCCCCCUCAGCCGGCCAUGCAGCCCCCACAUCAAACACCUCCAUCACCAACACGAGGCGAGAGGAGCGAUUCUGGCGUGAUAUUCGUGAGGAUACACACAACCUGGAGCCUAUUGGAUGCAUCUCCUUCCUUUAUACCCUGUUUUUGUGUACGUAACUCCCCCGUCCUCCCCCGCCUCCUCCUGUUCCUCUUCCUGCUCCAUGUCCCUCCUCUCCUCCUCCUCCUCCUCCUCCUCCUUGAGCCACUCGCCCCCACCUCUCUCCACUUUUGGCGGUAUAACAGACCGUUCGCUGAUCACCGAAGGCGCCCCCCCUUCUCAGUAAGCUGUAAGACCACUACCACCACCAUCACCCACCACCCAAGCAAACUCCAUUGUAAGCAAACAGACAGGAUCCAUCAAUUAAAAAGAUGAACGUUUUUGUGCUGUGUGUACAUAAUAUAUUCUGUGUAAACACGUGAACGAGUUGAUAUCAAAUUUUGAGCUAAUUAUAAACCAGUUCCUCCCCACCCUCUCUCCCUCUUCCUCAUCCUCUCUUCUUCCUCCACCUCCUCCUUGUCCACUUCUUCCCUUCAUCCCUCCUCUCGCCCACCCCCUUCCUUCCCUCCACUCCCUCCCACCUCCCAAAUAUCGCUGUGUUUGUACGAAAAGAUGUGAGCAGCCCCUGAAAGAUGUGAUGAUGACGAUGAUGAACAUUUUUUGUAUGAAGUCUUCGUAUUGCAAAAAAAAAAAAUACAGUAAUAAUAUUAAUAAUAAAAAGUGUAAUAUAGUAAAUAAUUAAGUGAAGCAUAAAUUAUCAAUGUUGAGCAGUGGACAUAGAUAGCCUAAUGCAGCAUUCACGGAUCAAGCAUUUUAUUCUCUUCUCAUUUUCUUCUAAUCUUAGUUGUUGGUAAACCAUAUCACACCACUCCAUUUGUUGUUGAUUUUGUUUGUUAGUUUACCUUUUUAUUUUUAUCAGCAAAACAUGUUAACGAAAAGACAAAACACAUUUGGCGAGGACUGCAAGUGCUGUACUACAUUAAAUACCCAGAUUCAAAUGCAGUACUUCAUCCCUCUCCUUUUUAUCUCCCCCGCCGCUCCCCCUUUAUACCCCACCACCACCACCACUACCACCACCACCACCAUACACAUACACAUAGACGAUACAUCCAUAAAAAAAUAAAAUAAAAAUAAACUAAGGAAUCAUACUGUAUCCACGAGCUAGCAUUAUAAUUUAUUCUUGUGAGUCAGUGGAUGAUUAAUAAUAAAAAAUUACAAAAAUCUGUUUCCCACCAUAAGAGUAAGUUUGUGGCUGGCGGGGGUCGCGGGGCGGGGGCGGCGGCCUUGCUAGGGAGGGUCGGGUCAGCGCGCCGCCGCCCGCCGCCCCGCCAAGCCCUUUGUCUCGACCCGGCAGCUGCCAGACCACCGUGUUGAUGCUCAUGUGUUUGUAAGCACAGAAGAAAAAUAAAGUCUGAUAUUGUGAUGA